GUCAAUAACAGGACGGAGCCGUGAGAGCAAGAUGGCGGUAGCGGUGCCUCGGUUGUCGGCCCCCUGCGGCCUUUUGGGGCUCUUUGCGGCGUUUUCGGUGCUGCGGCAGGGCGAGUCCUUUGGCACCUUGAACCUGCAUGAGCUCAGCGAGCUGAAAUACGGCAUCGAGAUCGGCGCGGAGCCUGUGAUGGCCGGGCAGAGUAAGGCCACCGAUGUAGUAACCAUCUCUUCCAAAUACAAGCAGAAAUAUGAGUGCCGACUACCAGCUGCUGCAAUGAAGAUCCAUCAAGACAAAGAGGAGGAUCCACAGAGUUAUACUGGACUUGGGAUCUCAGAACUGCUGAAACCAAUGGAAGCGGCUCCGUGCCUUAUUAAAACUAAAGACUGGUGGACAUACGAAUUCUGCUACGGGAAACACAUCCAGCAAUACCACAUAGAAGAAUCUGAAGUCAAAGGUGAUAUUCUUUAUCUUGGGUAUUACCAGUCUGCAUUUGAUUGGGACAAUGAAACAGCAAAGGCAUCAAAGCAACACAAGUUGAAGCGGUAUCACAGUCAGACCUAUGUCAAUGGAUCCAAGUGUAACCUGAAUGGGAAGCCCAGGGAGACCGAAGUCAGGUUUUUGUGUGAGGAAGGUUCGGGAGACUACAUUGCCCGUGUUGAUGAGCCCCAGUCCUGUACCUAUGUGCUGACGAUCCAUACCACCCGCAUCUGCCACCACCCAUUUCUGCGGCCGCCAUCCACAGCCACCCCUCAGUCCAUCCGUUGUCACCCAGCCCUCAGCCCUGCUGAGUACGUGGAAUAUGUCAAGGCCCAAGUAUCUGAUACCAAGCGCAAAGUGGAGGAAAUUUCUGAAGAGCUGAAGACUCUAGACACACAGCUGUGGACUGAGCAAGAUACCAGCACUGCUACUCAAGAUUCCAAUGAGAAUGUGGCCCCGGCCCCUUCUCCUCCUCUUGAGAGUGAACCUGGGGAUGAAUCUGAGUUCUGGGAGAGAAUGGUGUUGCACAGAGAAGGGAAAGCAGCUCAGACUCCAGACCAAACAAAGGAGGAAGAACUAGGGAUGAAGACAGCAGACAGUCGCCUAGCAGAUUUUAAGAAAAAGAUACAUUUCAAAGUUAUUCGAAACCCUGGGGACUUGGUGCAGUUUAUUCAGGAGAUGAAGGCGAAUGCCCGGAAGGACAAAGAGAAGGCUGAUGAAUCUGAAGACGUGGUGCAAGAAAACUCACCCCAAAUUAAGGCAGACCCAGAAACGGGAUAUCCUGAAGAAAGAGCUCUGGAGAAUGAAGAAGAAGAAGAUCUGAUAGGGAAAUUUGAGAAGGAAUUGGAAGACAUUUUGCUACCUAAGUCUGAAAUGGCCAAGCUGAAGGAAGAAGUGAAAACCGAAAUGGAGAAGGAGUUUGACAACAUCAUUGAUGAGGUUGAGGAUGAACUGGGAACAAAAGGCCUGAAAGGUGAGUUUGACCGAAAACAGGCCUCCAAGUCUUUGGCUUCCACCCUCAACAAACUCAUUGACAAGUUGGAUCCUGGCAAAGCCCCACCUGAAGAAGAAAAGGUUCAAAAGCAGCAGCAGCAAGAAGAGGAGGAAGAGGAGGAGCAGGAGGCGGCAGUGGAGGAAAGCAACGUUGCUCAAGAAAACCCACCCAAGCCAGCCCCUGAUGGCGACCCAGACGGGCGCGUGAAUGUCAGGGUCACUAAAGUAAAACCAGGUAGCGCUCAGCAGAAGGAGCUGCGAGUCCAAGAGAUGAGCAGGGACAACCCACAGCUGCGCCACAUAGAGAGUGUGGUUAAGGACCUCUUGGAGAAGGAAGGCCUGAAGGCAGAAGGAAAAAUUGAAAUCAAGAUUGUGACAACUGGUGGUUUUGGAGAUGACGAUGACACCCACUGGCUCUCAGAAGAAGACACCAAGAACCUCAAAGACAUUUUCUUCAAUAUUUUGAUCCAGGGCACAGAGGAAGCACAUAAAGAGCAACGGCGGCAACGCCAACUGGAAGACAACUACCGUUUUGUGUGGGGGCGUAACCAGGAAGAGCUCCCUAGCACUGGCGGGACCGAAUCGGAUGACUUAGACUUUUGAUCUUUUGCCAAUCUUCAGAACUCUGGCAUCCAUGGAAGUUCCUUUGCAGGAUUUGGCAGCCACCGUUUCCCCCAUGUGCAUCAGGAGGACCAAUUUGUUUUGUUGCUAGAAUCUGCGUUGAAUGCCCGUAAGACAUUGGCAAGCCCAAGGCAAGCACCACUCAGAGCUGUGAAUUGUCUCCUUUAAAGCUAUUGCUGUCAAGUGAGUUUCUCUAGGCAUCCACUGUGACAUUUCCUCCCGCACCUUAAUGGCUUUUGUAAGGUUGCCUCAGAUGAAGACAGGUUCCAAGCUUUUCCUCCUUUUCCCCCCAAACUAUUGGCCUCAGCCUCGGUGCCCAAAUCUUGGCUUCAAAAUGAUUAAAGACGCGCACAAAAGAGAAUGAAAGAGAGGAGCCCCGUACAAAAAGUAAAAAAUAAAAAAAAUUCCCUGCCAAUUCAUCUCAGGUGUGAAUCAAGUUGGAGAGGUUAAAACUGGUGCCCUUCUGUUUCUAAAACCCUCAUAAAUUGGAAGGAUCUCAUGUUUCUUUGUCUCACCUGUGUGCCUUGAAAUGUCAAAUCAGAGGAGAGGACACUCUUUCCUUGUGCGGUGUUGAUCGCCUCCCAGCAGUUUAUUUUUCUUUAGGUCUGAAUGUUUGAAUUGUGAGCAGAUCUGCUCCAGCGUACAGGCUGUCCCUUUGACUAUCUUCAUUUCUGGAGCAGAAAGCUAGGACACAUCCUGUGUCUGCUGAAAUCAGCAAAGAAAUACGGUGGAGGGUUGGGAGAAAAGCUACUCUAGGCUGAUCUUCCUAGCCACAUUGUUUCACAUACUAAAGGGUCUUAGACAUAGGAGUUUGUGAACUGCAUUAAAAAAAAUGCUUCCUUUGUAACAAAGAUUCAUGGAGGUAUGGGACUGGCUGUUCCUUCUGUGAAGUCUCAAGAAGUGAAGCUAGCUGAAAUUUGUGAUUUAUUUUCAAUGCCGUUGAACAGUCUGGGCUGCUGCAUGGGUGACUGGAGGUGAGGAAUUGCGGCUCAAGGGAAGCAGCAAGGCUGAAGAAAUAGUGUCGCCUUCCUUGACACAUCCAGGACAAAUCGCAAUUCAUUUUUCUAUCAAUAAAUCCAGAUGAACCCAA